CUCCAAACACCAACAAACCACAGUUCAAUCCUCCAUCCAAACAAACAAACCACCCACCAAACCAACCACCAUGUCCUCCUCCUUCUCCAACACCAACAUGGACACCAACAUGAACUCCAACUCCAACCCCACCUCCUGCGGCGCCUCAGACGCCAGCUCCAUCUUCUCCUUCAAAGGCCCCAACAGCGACCUCAAGUCCAAGUCCAAGAAGCACUGGUUCUCGCGCAGCAGCAGCAGCAGCAGCGUCAGCAGCAAGAGCAAGGGCAAUUCGUCGCUGUCCGCGCCGUCCACGAUGCGCUCUACCGAGAAGGAGGCGCUGCAUAAUGAGGCUAUUGCUACUUAUAUGAGUUAUCGGUAGAUGGUUGCUUUGGCGGAUUUCUAUUGUGAUGGGUUGGGUGCGUUAUACUGGUUGUGAAUCUUUUUUUGUGUGUGUGUGCUUUUUUGAAGGGUUUAUAUGAGUUUUAAUGUGGAGUUUGGUUGCUUUGAUGGAUGUGGGUUUGAUUGUACUUAGAUUGUUUAACUCGCUAUAAGUAAUGGUUUAUUCAAGA